UGUUUACAAAGAAAGUCUAGAUCUGAUAGUAUCUAAUAGACUAGACUCUAGAUCUAGAUCUAGAAAAAAAAAAAUCUAUAGAUCUACAUAGAAAUCUCAUCUAGAUCUAGAUCUCUAGAUUAUAUUUCCCUAUUAAACUUUAUGGUGUUCUUUCUAAACUUCAUGGUUUUCUGGUCUUAAUGUUCAAGUCAUGGAUUAUCCAUCCUCUGGCUACCAUGGAGCUGAUGCUACAGUGCUACAGAAUGAAGGGAUCAACUUAGCACAACAAGCUGUUCAGUUUGACCAAAUUCAUAAUUUUGAAAUGGCAAUUUUUUAUUAUUCAGAAGCUGCGCAGACUUUAUAUGCUGCAUUUGAAGCAGGUUCUCAAAUGCCCAACAUUGUGAACAAAGUUCAUGAAUAUAUGGACCGUGUUGAAGAACUAAAACAAAUUUUAAAAAUACAAAAAACUACUUCCAAGUCCAACAGUAAAGAUAAUCAGCAGCUUGAUUUAGAAAAAGCCAGUUUUCUACUAAAUGCAGCACUAGAUGAGGACGAGCUGAACAACUUUGAUGAGGCCAUAAGUCUUUAUUCAGAGGCUAUUGCAUUUUGCUUAAAAAUUAGGGACAGCACAUCCGAUGCCAAGUUAAAAGAUAAGGUGGUCAAAAUGGCAACUCAAGCUUUAGACAGAGCUGAGGCUUUAAAGAAAAGGAGUGUCAAAACUCCUAGCAGCUCUUCCAGUGUGACAUCAUCCAAUGCAACUGUCAGGACUCUUUCAGGCAAAGCAGUCCCUCCUUUGGGAUUUGGUGCUUUCUUGGAUGAAAAAGAAGAUUCUACACAAAAAUUGUCACCUUCUUCUGAAGGACCAAAAGUUGGAACUAGUCGUGGACGUAAUGGUCUUAUUAAUGUUGGUCCAAGCUCUUAUAGCAAGGAAGAAAUUGCAGUAUUAAGGAGCACAUCAAAAAUCAAUGGUAGAGAAUAUGUGCCUUUUCUUGCCAUUGAUCAAAAAGAAAGAUUUGCUUAUCCAGAACUUUUUAAUGACAGAGAUGGUAAACUUACUCUUUCACCCAAACAAAAACAACAGUUUGAAAAGUGGGCUCGACCAGAAUCAUUCUGUGAUGAUCCUAAAGUUAUAUAUGCCAUAUCAAGUUUUAGUAUUCGACAGACGAUUGUAUCAGACUGCAGUUUUGUUGCUUCAUUGGCUAUCAGUGCUCAAUAUGAAAAACGAUUCAGGAAAAAACUUAUAACAAACAUAAUUUAUCCACAAAAUCGUAAUGGAGAACCGAUGUACAAUCCAUGUGGGAAAUAUAUGGUCAAGCUGAAUUUGAACGGAGUCUGGAGAAAGGUCAUCAUAGAUGACUGUCUGCCUGUUUCUAAAUAUGGGGACCUGCUCUGUUCCUUCUCAAACAACAAAAAUGAGCUGUGGGUCUCACUUCUGGAGAAAGCUUACAUGAAAGUCAUGGGUGGAUAUGACUUUCCAGGCUCUAAUUCUAACAUAGAUCUACAUGCUUUAACGGAGUGGAUCCCUGAAAGAGUUGCCAUCAGACUGAAUUCGCCUGAGUUUGACAAGGACAAAGAGUUUAAGAGGCUGCUAGAUAGAUUCCACAAAGGUCAUUGCUUGGUGACAGUAGCCACAGGAGAGCUAUCUGAGGUUGAAGCUGAUAGAGCUGGUUUGGUUCCCACCCAUGCUUAUGCCAUGCUUGAUAUAAAAGAAUACAAAGGGAGACGACUUUUCAUGUUAAAAAAUCCUUGGAACCACUUGAGAUGGAAAGGAAAUUAUUCAGAGAAAGACACUGUGCACUGGACUCCCGAGCUACAGAAAGUUUUAAACUAUGAUCCCCAAAGUGCACAAAUGUUUGACAAUGGUGUUUUCUGGAUAGACUAUGACUCAUUGUGCAAGUUUUUUGACGUUUUCUACAUAAACUGGGACCCUGAACUUUUUAAAUAUACAACCUGCAUGCAACAUACCUGGUCGGCCCAAGAAGGACCAAAACGGGAUACCUACAACAUCAGUGACAAUCCUCAAUACAGGCUUGAGAUGAAAGGCAGUCAAGCUGGUGCUGCCAUCUGGAUUUUGUUGACCAGGCACAUUACUGAUAAGGCUGACUUUGCUGACAACAAAGAGUUCAUAACAGUUCUUGUUUACAAAAAUGGAGGGAAAAAAGUAUUUUGCCCAUAUGAUCCCCCGCCCUACAAAGAUGGAGUCAGAAUUAACUCUCCUCAUUAUUUGUGCAAGCUUGUGGAAGAGAAGACAAGUGAGCCCUACACGCUGGUCAUUUCUCAGUAUGAGAAGAACAACACUACACACUACACACUUAGAGUCUACAGCACAUGUGAAUUCUCACUGACCCCAAUCAUAGAUCCUUACAACAAGAAAUACUAUAAAAGGUUGAAUGGACAGUGGAGUGGUAAAAGUGCUGGUGGAUGUGCCAACAACCCUGCAACAUUUGUCAACAAUCCGCUGUACCAGGUGUUUAUAGACAACAAAAAUGUAGAUAAUCAUUUGAUGAUAGAGUUGUUGGGCCCUAAACAGUACAGUGUGGGCUUUGAAGUCAUCUGUGUGAGUGAAAAUGUGCCUAAUGCUGUGGGUGCCUUUAAGAGAACCACUUCUGGUGAUUUUAGACCUGGCUACUGUUUCCUACAAAUGAACAAUAUUUCUGGUGGGGUUUACAAUAUCAGGCCUUGCACUUUUGCUGCUGGAAAUGAGGGACCAUUUUUUCUGGAUAUUAGCUGUUCAACAUCGUAUACAGUCAAACAGUUACAGUAGCAACACCAAUAAGAACAACAUUAUUGCAUACACAGUGUAUACUAUACUAAUGAGUUACUACAUCAUUCUGAUGCAUAUCAGUGAUACUAAGUGUAAAUAGAAUCUUUUAAUGUUUUUUGCUUCUCAUAAUAUAAACACAAUCUGAGAGAAAUGUAUAAUUCAAUCAAUAAACUUGAUCUGAUUUGUGACUUGAAAGUUGAAUGGAAUGGCAUGAAAUGAUAGGUUGUAAGGAAUAUAAAUGCAUGUACAAUUUGGAAUCAAUUUUUCUAUUUGCAUUUUUUAAAAUUAAACUUUGUCAAUAGAAACUAUUUUUUUGAAGGAUAUGGAAAUAUUUAAAAAUAAAAAAAAUAAAAUUUAUGACACAAAUUGUUAGAAAUAUAUAGAUGGAAUGCAUAUCAGUUUUCAUGUUGAACAAUAACAUACACAAAUAUAAAGUCAAGAGAGUAUUUGUAGUUAAGGUAUUUAUGUAUAAGAAAUUUCCUAAGACUGAACAAAGUUAGUAUUCUGAAAAUGUUCUGCAUCAGUGACACUGCUAUGUUUUUUUUUUUGUGAUAAUGGUUAUGUGAAGUGAUGAAAGCUGAAAUUUAGUCAAAUCAAACUAAUGCGCUCUGCACCAUCAUCUUGGUGGUUCCGGGUUUGAACCAUGUCUUGGUCAUCCACUGCUGUCCUAUGGGAAGUUUGGUCUAGGAUGUAAUAUCAAUUUUGAGGGAACAUCCAAAACAUGUAAAACAAAAAAAAAUGGAUUACAUUCUGUAGUAUUACAAUUAGUUUUCAUUUCAUUCUGAGUGUGCAAUGUCAUCAGAAUAGCAAUUUGCCAAAUAAAAGACAUCACUAGAAGUUUUAUUUUCUAUUUUUUUUCUGAAGAACAAUAACCCUUAUGAAUGUAUAAAUUAUUUGAGGGAAUAAAGUUUGUAAUUGAAAUGCUUUCCAUCUUAUUUGUUGACUACAUUCUUAGCUUGUGGGUGGUCCUCACAUUGACAUUUUUCUUGCAUCUGCUAAAAAUGUGCUCAGUCAUGACAUUGUCUUCUUCCCAUGUUGUUUUCCAUUAUAUUUUAUUUUAUUGACAUUUGUGACUUUUAUUUCCAGAAAAAGUUUUAGGCAAAAAGUUGCUUUGAAAAUGUAAUUAUUUUUUCAGACUCAGUUUAUUUACAUCAUUAAUGUGUAUGAUAGAUGAACUUAAAAGAAUGCAUUCAGUACAUGUUCAUGUAUUUCUCUUCAUGUUAUUCUAUUGAAGUGCAAUGUUCAACUUUAUUCAUUCCAUUUUUAACCUAUUUUACAAUUUUCUGUUUGGAUAGAAAAUGCUACGUUAAUCUAUUGUUGAAAUAGAGCAGUCAAUAUAAUCAUUUAUUAGGCAAAAUUAUUGUAGAAAUAUUUCUGAACAUUUUGUAAAGAAGUUUCAUUGAAAUUAUUUGUGCCAUAGAUAUAAACAUAUAAAUUAUUUUGAAUUAUGAAUUACUAGAUGUAGUAGGCAUAAUGUGAUACCCAUUGACAUAAGUAAUAUCAGUGAUGCCCAAACGAUGGUGAUGCCAUGUGGCUCUCAAACAUCCUUUUCAAAAUGUGGAGUGGAGCUGCAGAGGCCCCAUCUUUAUUUUUGUGGAAAUGAAACUAGAAAGCCAUUAAUACGUAGGAAAUAUCCUUGGUUUGCAAUAAUGAGGUGCUGCUUAAAGCUUUAGAUUUGUAUCUGUUUCAAUUCAAUUCAUUUGAUUUACCCCAGCACUUGAUGAAGCUUUCAUAAAUAUUUCCCAGUAUUACUUUCUAAGUUGAUACAAAAUAUUAUUCAGCUACUUUUUCUUGAUACACUGUUUUCCUUCGAUAUUUACUUUUAUAUAGCCAUAACAUACUUCUUGUUUAUAUAAUGCAUAUAUGUUUUUUUAGCUUUAGUCAUACCAAAAUAUAUGCUUUAAAAUAAUAUUACAAAAAGUGCCUAUAUUUAAAAAAAACAAAAACAUAACAUAUAUCAAAAGAAAACUUUAUGAAACCCAUUUUUUUUUUUUUUUUAUUAUUCUCUUGUUGACUCUUGAAUGUGCAGAGUUAAGUAUGUAACAUGGUCUCUCAUAUAUUCUGUUUUAUUUUGUUUUAUCUUGCUUCACUGCUGUGUCUUAAAUAUUUCAAGUACUUGUAUACUUUAUGAAAUUUCCUUGUGGGCUCAGAAUGAAAGAAUUUUGUUUUUGAACAGUUGACAUAACCCCAAUACGUCUGUUGUAUACUUUAUCUUAUUGGUUUCAUUAUACUAUUGUGUUUGGUGGUGGCUAGGCUUGUAUUUGAUUUCUUCAUGCCGUGAGUCUGUGAGCGUGGGUAUUCUACAACAUCAACCAUGGCUGGGAAUGGAAAUGAGUUAAGUCUAGUACAUUUCUCUUAUAGAUAGGAGCAUAUUUUUGACUGCCCAUGGGUACCUGCCACAGGUUAGUGAAGUUUAUCUCCCGUAAUCUGCCUGUGAGGUAAAGGUGAAGUUUAUCUCCCGUAAUCUGCCUGUGAGGUAAAGGUGAAGUUUAUCUCCCGUAAUCUGCCUGUGAGGUAAAGGUGAAGUUUAUCUCCCGUAAUCUGCCUGUGAGGUAAAGGUGAAGUUUAUCUCCCUUAAUCUGCCUGUGAGGUAAAGGUGAAGUUUAUCUCCCGUAAUCUGCCUGUCAGGUAAAGUGUGUGGUUUCCAAACCGAGGACUUCUGAUUCAAACCCAGGUGAAGAAUGGGAUUUUAAACAUUGGGGACGCCCCUGAGUCUUACCUGACAUAUGCUGAGGAAGUAAAGGCCAUGUGACAUUGUGCUGGCCACAUGACACCUUCGUUAACUGUCAGCCAUAGAAACAGAUGACCUCAAAACCAUUUGUACCCAUGGUUGCAAGGUCUGAACGAGGUACCUCACAUACCCUUUCUAAAGUUGGUUUGGGAAUCACUGAUCAUUUGUUUCUUUUUUUAAAAUACUUAUCUCAAGUAAAUGAAUUAGUUUGUUAUUGCUUGGUGUGGUCAUAAGUGUCCAUAAUGUGUUGCCAUGUAUCUACAUAUAAGGUCUGAAAAGGGGGGGGGGACUUUUUACUUGAUCUAAAUAUAAAAUAAAGAACUGCUUAGUGAAGUCAAAUAUUUUGCACUGUGUCAAUCAGUCAUGCAAUUGUACAUUUUGUUGAUUUCAAAACUUUAUCCUUUGAUCUCUAUGUUGAAUUAAUCUCUUCAUUGAUUGACUAGACUAUAUUAAAUAAUUUAUGGAAUGCAA